GCGGCCGCGUAUUAUUGUGCGCGUAAGCGAAGAACUGAACUCGAAAGCCGCUCGUGCUUUUCGCGUUCUUUUUUUUUCUCUCCUUUUUAUUUCUAUUCUAUAUCGAGAAUUUUGCCUUUCGCAUUAAGGAGAAUCCGCACAUGCACCACAUACGUCCACCUCGACGCAACAAGUGUACAUUUCGAGAGUAACAUCUUCAUUCCUCACCUGCGAGAGCAAUCCUGUAAUUCCAUCUAAACAAACGGUGUUUGCUCCGACAAAAACGUUCUCGCGUGUAUCAAAAAGACACACCGUUUCAUCCACGGUCGAACGGUGUACCCUGAGAAUCGUGGUGCCGGCUGAACAGUGGAGAGAAUAAUUGAAGUGUUGAACGCUGUGCGGUGAGAAGGACGGUGCGAUGGCAGUGGCUGCGGGGCCACGCCGGCCACGCACGUUCCUCCUCGGUGGUAGACGCGCUUCCGGGAAUAUUUUCGGAACGAGAAGUCGCCUGUACACGAUCCUCGACGGGCUUCCGCUGAUCCUAGUUCUCGCUGGUGUUGCACAGGUUGUCGCCAACAGGAAGGCCGAUAGCAAUUUAUGCGGCAUUAAUAGCUCUAAUAGCUUUAGAUGUCACGAUGGCACUUGUAUACCGGCCACAUUAGUCUGCAACUAUCAGAAAGAUUGUGAGGGCGCGGACGAUGAAUUUCAAUCUUGCUCGCCACCAGACUGUGAAGCUGGUCAGAUCACUUGUGGCCAGUACAUUUUUAACAAGACUUACUGUAUACCUCCCCAUCAACGAUGUGACAUGACUGUUGAUUGUGUUGAUGGGACUGAUGAAGCUGGUUGCAAUUAUAGGAAAUGCCAACCAGAUGAUUUUCGGUGUGGUGGCACAACACCAGAGCUCUGUAUCCCAAAAGAAAAGAAGUGUGAUGGUUAUUUGGAUUGUCGAAACGGCAGAGAUGAGGAAAUGUGUGACACAAAUGCAAAACCUUGCAGACUGGAUCAAUUUAGGUGCAAUUCCACUCAACGUUGCAUUGAACAGUCUGCAAGGUGCAAUUACAAGGAUGACUGUGAGGACAAUAGUGAUGAGGAGAACUGCAACUUUCAACCAUGCACAAUCAAUCAAUUCCGUUGUGCAAAUUCACUUUGCAUUCCAAAAUCUUAUGUCUGUGAUGGUUACAAGGAUUGCCAGGAUGGUUCUGAUGAAAUGUCUUGCACCACAAUGUCCUGUCCUCGAAACAAGUUUGUAUGCCCCAGGGGAACAGCUGAUGGCAAGCCUCUCUGCAUUGACCGUUCUCAGAUUUGUGAUGGAAAGUCUGACUGUGAGGAUGAAGCAGAUGAAGCAGCUACUUGCUCAUCGAUUAUAUGUAGAUCACUAGAAUGUCAGUAUAAGUGUCGGGCCUCUCCCACGGGAGGAGUUUGCUAUUGCCCCGCAGGCUGGGUUCUCGCGAAUGAUUCAACGACUUGCAUAGAUCGUGACGAGUGUUCGGAGUGGGGCUUCUGCGAGCAGCUAUGCAAGAACACAGAGGGUUCCUACACUUGCAGCUGUUCUCCAGGCUUUGCACUCCAGGCAAGCAACAAAUGUCGAGUUACACAGCACUUUGGUGCGAAAUUGGAAUUAUUAGUUGCUCAAGAACGAGCUGUGUGGAGGAUGUCUGCCACUGGUGAAUCCAAGGUCAUUGUGGCCAACACCACAGGUGCCAGUGGAGUGGACUACCUUUAUUCCAGGGAUCUGCUCUUUUGGAGCGAUAUUAAGACCAAGAAAGUGCACUCAGAGCCUUUACACCAUGAAGAUUCCAAUUCCAGGGUGGCUAUGUACUUGACAAGUUCAUGGGGACCAGUGGCAAUUGCAGUGGAUUGGAUAGGAGAGAAGCUGUAUGUAGUGGAUUCUGUGGCCCAGAAGAUUGAUGUGCUAGAGUUAGAUGGAAGGUACCAUGGUAUUGCGUUGAGUUCCAACUUGACUAAUCCAGCUGACAUUGGCUUAGACCCUACGGUUGGCUUAAUGUUCAUAGCUGAUAGUAAACAAGUGCUAAGGGCUCAUAUGGAUGGCACUGCAGCUUUCCCAGUAGUUUUUGAAGCAGCUUACAAGGUAUCUGGCGUGGCUGUAGACGUGUUUGCUCGAAGGAUCUUCUGGUGUGACUCUCAGCUGGACUAUAUAGAAACUGCUGACUAUAUGGGUCGAAACAGAGUCAUGGUGCUCAGAGGGCCACAUACACCAGCCCCAACAAGACUGACCCUCUUUGAGAACAAGAUCUACUGGACAGAUGGCACAAAACAAGCCAUCAUGGUUGUGGACAAGACAGAAGGUGAUUAUUCGAUACAAACUAUCUUCAAAAUGAGGGACGCAAAGGGGAUUAAGGCCCUGCAUCCCCUCACCCAACCUACAGUGUGGAACCCUUGUGGAAACAACAAUGGUGGUUGUCAACACAUGUGCAUAGUUACUGCCGCUAGCGGCCAGGAGAACAGAUUAGGCUAUAGGUGCGCCUGUGACAUAGGCUGGAGGUUAUCCAGUGAUCAGAGGAAUUGCAACCUGGUCCAGGAGUUCUUGAUGUACUCACAGCAGAGAUUCAUCAAGGGCAGAGUGCUGGAUCCUGUGAUGGAGGGAUUCAGCGAUGCCAUCUCACCUGUGGUCUCCAGGAGAGCCAGAUUCGUCGGUCUGGACUAUGAUGCGCAUGAUCAAUACAUUUACUACAGCGACGUUUUGCAAGACGUGAUCUACAGGGUCCGUCAAAAUGGUAUCAAUAGGGAAAUCGUUUUAGCCAGUCAGAACGAAGGUGUGGAGGGUCUUGCAGUUGAUUGGGCUGCCAAGAACUUGUACUACAUCGACUCUAGAAAAGGAACACUGAACGUCUUGAGCACUAGGAACGUCACCUAUCGUAGAACAUUGCUGAAGAACUUGAAGAGGCCUAGAGCCAUUGUGAUUCAUCCUAACCAGGGAUACAUUUUUUUCUCAGAAUGGGACAGGCCUGCUAAUAUCAGUAGAGCCUACACCGAUGGUACUAACUUGUUAGUCUUCAAAAAUCUGACUUUAGGUUGGCCCAAUGGCCUGGCCAUAGAUUUUGCCAAAGACAGGUUAUACUGGUGCGAUGCUCUAUUAGAUCAUGUGCAACAUUCCAACCUAAAUGGUACGGACGUAAGAAUGGUUAACUCCUUGCUGAUUAGACAUCCCUUCUCUAUGGCCAUUCAUGAGCAAUGGAUGUACAUCACUGACUGGAGGUUAGAUGCUAUUAUCAGGCUUCACAAAGAAACUGGUGAACAGGAGUCUAUUUUGGUGCGCCAGCCUGAGACGAACAGACUCUACGGCGUAAAAGUCUACAGCCGUGAUAUUCAAUCUUCUCUACCAGACCAUCCAUGCUCUAUUAAUAACGGUGGCUGUGAGAAAUUAUGUUUCGCCAUUCCUCAGAAUAGCACCAACAAGUACGGCACCGCCAGGCUGACCAGAGUUUGCGGUUGCCCCUAUGGUGAACGCAUUCAAGGGAAUGGUAAAACCUGUGCACCUGAUCCAGAGGCGGAACCUCCACUAGAGGCCUGUCCAAAUACAUGGGACUUCACCUGCGCCAAUCAAAGAUGCGUAUCCCACGCCUGGGUUUGUGACGGUGAGAACGACUGUCUGGACAACAGUGAUGAAAGAAACUGCACCAAACCUACUUGUGCUCCUCACGAGUUUCAAUGCAAGUCCGGUAGAUGCGUCCCCAUAGGCUUCGUUUGCGACUCUGAGAACGAUUGUGGGGAUUAUAGCGACGAAGCUCGUUGUCCAAACGUCACGUGCAGCGCCAACCAGUUCGCCUGUGCCAACAACAGAUGCAUACCCAGUACCUGGAAGUGUGACUCUGAGAACGAUUGCGGAGACAAUUCUGAUGAGGGAGACUUCUGUGUAGCUACGACAUGUUCCUACUUCCAGUUCGCCUGUCCUACUACUGGCCACUGUAUCCCGCAGGCCUGGGUCUGUGACGGCGACAAAGAUUGUUUCGACCAGCAGGACGAAGCAGGCUGUCCACCUGUGACCUGCCUGAGCAGCCAGUUCACAUGCGCCGAUCAGAAGAUGUGCGUUCUUGAUUCAUACAAAUGUGACAGUAUAUCUGACUGCAAUGAUGGCAGCGACGAGGUUGGCUGUCCCUCCUUGGCUCCUGACCAAUGCAACACCGACAAGCAAUUCCAGUGUGUCAGCUCAGGCAUCUGUAUUCCAAGGAGUUGGUACUGUGAUGGUACUGCAGACUGUCAGGACAGGUCAGACGAGCCAGCCUCUUGCGGACAGGUAGGGUGUCAACCAGGAUUCUUCAAGUGCAGAAACGAAAAGUGCGUGUUCAAAGCUUACAUCUGCGAUGGAAAGGACGACUGUGGCGAUGGGUCUGACGAGGAUACUGAGCUGCACGCCUGCACAGCUCCUGAAUUCAAGUGUGAGUCCCAGCAAUGGAAGUGUCCAAACGUGACAGAUAGGUGUGUGAACAUAACCAGUGUAUGCGACGGGAAAUUUGACUGUCCCAAUGGCGCAGACGAGGGUAUAGGAUGCAAUUUUCAGGAAUGUGAGUUCAGAGGAGGCUACUGCAGCAAUGGGUGUAUCCACACACCUAUGGGUAAACAGUGCACGUGUCCUCCCGGUGAGGAACUAAACGAGGAUGGUUACACGUGCCAGGACCUGAACGAAUGUGAGCCACCUGGACGUUGUUCUCAAAUUUGUGUGAAUACUAAAGGUGGAUACUACUGUAAUUGUGUUGAUGGUUACCUUUUAGAGAAGGACAAACAUACUUGUAAAGCGUUCAAUCACAGUGCAGGGUUUUUGAUCAUAUCCAACAGGCAUACAAUUCUUGUGGCUGAUCUACAAGAUCUGGCCUUGGAAAGGGUACCAAUUAAUGUAGAGAACGUUGUUGCAACUGCUAGUAACAUGCACACAGGUACCAUCUUCUGGUCAGACAUGAAACUAAAGAAGAUUUCUAGGUUAGAUCUGGGUAGGGACCCUGAGGAUGUGAUUUCGACUGGUUUGGACCUGGUGGAAGGGCUUGCCUAUGAUUGGAUAGGUCAGAACUUGUACUGGUUGGAUUCUAAACUGAACACCAUUGAGGUAGCUAAGGAAACUGGAAGUAGUAGAAUGAUACUGGUUAAAGAGAACAUUACACAGCCCAGAGGUAUGUGUUUGGAUCCCAGACCUGGGGCUAGAUGGCUAUUCUGGACAGACUGGGGUGAGAAUCCAAGAAUAGAAAGGAUUGGCAUGGAUGGUAAUAAUAGAUCAACCAUCAUUAGUACAAAAAUCUACUGGCCCAAUGGUCUUGCUUUGGACAUUGCAAAUAAGAGAAUAUACUUUGCUGACAGUAAAUUGGAUUUCAUCGAUACGUGUCUUUAUGAUGGAAGCAAGAGGAUCCAGGUACUGGCUAGCUCUCACUAUUUACUACAUCCUCACUCCUUAACGUUAUUUGAGGACACUAUGUACUGGACAGAUAGACAAUUGAACAGGGUUUUGUCUGCUCACAAAUUCUAUGGUGUGAAUCAGACAGUGGUGUCUCAUUUGAUAUCCCAACCCUUAUCAAUACAUGUUCAUCAUCCAGUUCUACAGCCAAUCACUCCAAAUCCUUGUGCAAAUGCCACCUGUGCUCACCUUUGUCUGUUGUCCCCUACAAAUUCACAAGGUUACACCUGUAAGUGUCAAGUUGGAUUCAAACUAGUGUUCAAUGGACAGUGUUUGGAGGAAGAGACUCCUUAUCUGAUGGUUCUGCGUGGUUCACAGAUUGUGGACGUUUCUCUGGUACCAGGAAGCACAAAGACAGGUUACAUCACUCCUGUAGUUGGAGUAGAAGGUGGAAAGUUCAUUGACUACGAUAGAAAAGAGAGAAUGAUCUACUGGUUGCAGACCAAGGACGACGACGAUGAGAAUGGCACAAUUUAUGUGACUCCAUACAACGGUGGUAACAGAACAGAGUUCCCCAGUCCUUCUGGAGAAAGUGGAAUCGUUGGAGCACCGUCUGCAAUGGCGUUCGACUGGUUGGGAAGAAAUCUGUUUAUAGGAAACAAAUAUGCCUCCAACAUUGAAGCUAUAAAGGUGGAUGGUAAGAUUAGAUAUAGGACAAUAGUGCUUGCCAAUGAUGGUAACAAGACCUCUGUAGCUAAACCAAAGGCUAUGUGCGUUGAUCCUCUGGAGGGACAUAUAUUCUGGGUAGAUGAUGGCAGCUUUGGCAUCCCUAUGAAGAUUGGAAGGGUAAAUAUGGAUGGUACAAAUCCCAUAAUUUUGGUUGACAAUGUAGAGAGACCAGAGGCCAUUACAAUUGACAUUCCUUCUAAGACUAUAUACUUCAGCUCAUUAUACCCAGCUCUGAUUAUGGCAAUCUCAACAGAUGGAAGAAAUUUGAGGAAAAUAGUCUCAGAGAAUAUAGCAUUGCCAAAAGCACUAGCUGUUCAUGAGUCCAGGUUAUAUCUCCUCGAUCCAAGGUAUGACAAAAUAGAAAGAGUAGAUCUACCAGAUGGAGGUAACCCUACCACAAUAAUUGACAAUGAUUCUGAGUUGAAGACACUGACUAUUUAUAAGAAAAGGGUCACUGGUGAUCAUCCAUGCUUUGUGAACAAUGGAGGCUGUGAGCAGAUCUGUCUUCCAGCCUCUGGGGGCACCAGGGUCUGUGCUUGCGGUAUGGAGUACCGCAAGGUCAGUGACACCACCUGUGAACCCUUCAAGACCUUCGCUGUGGUCACUCAAUUGGACGUAGCCAGAGGAUACAGCUUGAAAGACGCGAAGGAAGCAAUGGUACCAAUCUCUGGAGUGGGCCAUCAUAUUCUCCAUGUUGAUGUUUACUAUGAAGGCAACUGGAUCUACUGGGUAGAGUUCAACCGUGGCACAUGGAAUGGAAUAUUCCGUGUUAGGCCAAAUGGCACUGAACUGCAGCAUGUUGUGAAGCAAGGUAUAGGCUCUAAUGGUAUCAGAGGCCUUGCCAUCGACUGGGUGGCUAGAAACCUUUACUUCACCAAUGUAUUCCCUCAUGACAACUAUGUAGAAGUAUGUAAGCUGGAUGGUAGCAAUAGAAAGGUGCUGGUGAAGAAGACCACGGAUUCUCCUAGAGAAUUAGCUGUGAACCCUAUAAAAAGGUAUCUCUACUGGAUAGAUUAUGGUCAGUAUCCAAGAUUAGGCAAAGCCUAUCUGGAUGGAAGCAACUGGGUUCCCAUAGUCACCUCUGGCAUCAGCACUCCACGUGACAUAACCAUUGAUCCUGUUACACAUGACGUCUACUGGGUAGACUCCAAGCAAGACACUAUUCAGAAGGUCUCAUAUACUGGAGGAAACCGUCAGGUCAUCAGGAGGAACUUGCCUAACCCCAUGGGAGUGGCUAUUUAUGGUAAUGAUGUCUACUGGGUUGACAGGAACUUGGCAACAGUGUUCAAGGCCAGCAAACAGGCCAAUAUUAGCUUACCAACGACAGUGAGGUCAAAUUUGCCUAAGUUGAGGGAUAUUGUGAUGUUUGACCAGAAUAGUCAGCCUCCAGAUUCCGCAAAUCCUUGCUCCUCAGAUGGAAAUGCAGGAUGUGAGCAAUUAUGCUUUGCUAUGCCCAAGGAAAACGUAGUUUCUUUCAAAUGUGAAUGUGCAGUUGGAAAAUUGGCUGCUGAUGGCAAAAGUUGUGAGAAUGUGGAUGAGUACCUGGUGUUUGCAACCAGAACAGAGAUCAGAGCUAUUAGUAUGGAUCCACAGAACACCAGUAUACCAUUUAAUUCUGUAGGGAACCUAACGAAUGUGGUAGGUGUAGACUUUGAUUACCAAGAUAAGAAAUUACUGUUCACUCAAAUCAGACCUUGGGCAAAGAUAGCUUGGAUGCAAGCAGAGAAUCCUUCUUCCUCUGAGAUACAUACAUUAAUCAAUAAGGGAAUUAAUCCAGAGGGUAUUUCCUAUGACUGGACACAGAAGAAGGUCUACUGGACAGACUCUUCGAACAACAGUAUUUAUGCAAUGGAUUUAGAUGGAUCCAACCUUGUCAUGAUUGCCAGAGUAGACAGGCCUAGGGCUAUCGUGGUGGAUCCUUGUAAUGGAUCAUUGUACUACACUGACUGGGGUCGUUUUGGAACGUCUGGAAAGAUUUUCAGAACCACCAUGGCAGGUUCUUUGAAGAAGGCUAUCAUAGAUAAGGAUCUUUCUCAACCCAGUGGCUUGGCAAUUGAUUAUGAAGAUCGUAUGCUCUACUGGACUGAUGCAGUUAGGGAGAAGAUAGAGCGUUCAGAGUUGGAUGGAAAGAACCGUCAGAUAUUAGUCAGUGCAACCAUAUAUCCUUUUGCCAUAACAGUCUUUAGGGAGCACAUUUACUGGACAGAUCUUCAGCUGAGAGGAGUUUAUCGUGCUGAGAAGCAUACAGGAGCAAACAAAGUAGAACUGGUUAAACGAUUGGAGGAUUCACCUAGAGACUUGCACAUUUAUUCAGCAGCUAGGCAACAGUGCAAAGUGAAUCCUUGUAAUAUUUCCAAUGGUGGCUGCGAUCAAUCUUGUCAUCCAGGAAUAAAUGGCUCAGCAGAAUGCAAGUGUGACGACAACAGUAGACUAGUGAACGAAGACAGGAUGUGUGUUCCUAAGAACGUAACCUGCGAUUCUAGUAAAUUUGGUUGUAGGAACGGUCGCUGCAUCUCUAGGAUGUGGGCAUGCGACGGUGAUGACGACUGUGGUGAUGGUUCUGAUGAAGAUACCAAUUAUUGUUCCUACCACUCAUGCAGUCCUAAUGAAUUCAGGUGUAAUAAUGGUAGAUGUAUCUUCAAGACCUGGAAGUGUGAUCAUGAAAACGAUUGUCGUGAUGGCAGUGAUGAGGAAGGCUGUGUAUAUCCCCCUUGUGCUGCUGGGGAGUUCACAUGUGCCAACUAUCGCUGUAUCCCGCAAUCAAUGGUUUGCAAUGGUAUUAAUGACUGCAAAGACAAUGUCACCUCUGAUGAGACCCAUGAACGUUGUCCCAGAAACACUACAUGUCCACCUAAUCACCUCAAAUGUGAAAAGACCAACAUUUGUGUGGAACCAUACUGGCUUUGUGAUGGAGACAAUGACUGUGGAGACAAUAGUGAUGAGAACCCAUUGCACUGUGCCCAAAGAACAUGUCCACAGAGCAGUUUCAGGUGUCCCAACCACAGAUGUAUUCCAGCUACCUGGUACUGUGAUGGAGAUGAUGAUUGCCUGGAUGGCAGUGAUGAACCACCAGGCUACUGUCAGUCAGAAGGCAGAACUUGCUUUGGCGACCUGUUCACUUGUGAUAAUGGAAAUUGUAUACCUAGGAUCUACAUUUGUGAUGGAGACAAUGACUGCUUGGAUCAGUCCGAUGAGGAUGAACGUCACCAGUGCAAUGAUAGGAAGUGUGACGAAGAGACUGAGUUCACCUGUACUGCGAAUAAAGUUUGGAACAGGGCACAAUGUAUUCCAAAGAAAUGGUUGUGUGAUGGAGAUCCAGACUGUGUAGAUGGAGCUGAUGAGAAUGUAACCCUACAUCACUGUCCCACUCCAACACCCUGUGCUGAGAAUCAGUUCACCUGUGACAAUGGACGUUGUUUAAAUCGGAAUUGGCUUUGUGAUCAUGACAAUGACUGUGGAGAUGGUAGUGAUGAAGGGAAGUUUUGCAACUCCAGAUACAAGCCUUGCACUGGCCAGGAAUUCACUUGUCAUAAUUUUAAAUGCAUCAGGAAACAGUUCCGCUGUGAUGAUCAGGAUGACUGUGGUGAUCAUUCAGAUGAAGAUGGCUGUCCACCAAAAAUGAAGAACUCCACCUGCCCAAAUCCAGGAGAAUUCAUGUGUGCAAAUGGAAGCUGUAUCGACCAGCGAUUGGUCUGCAAUAAGGAACCUGACUGUGCAGAUGAGAGUGACGAGCCUGCCCAUUGUAACGUGGAUGAGUGUAUUCUUGUAGAAGUGAAUCAGUGUGCACACAAGUGUGUGGACACGCCAACAAGUUACUAUUGCGAAUGCAAUCCAGGUUACAGACUUCUAGAUGAUGGUAAAGCCUGUGAAGAUAUAGAUGAGUGUAUGGAGACUCCACAGGUGUGUAGCCAACAGUGCCAGAACACACCAGGAAGCUUCUACUGCAAGUGUAACCACUACUGGUACGAGCGUGCUGCUGAUGAGCACACUUGCAAGAGGAGAGAUAACAUUAAACCCUGGAUCAUCUUCACAAAUAAGUAUUAUGUCAGGAACAUGUCCAUUGAUGCUUCCAAUUACAGUCUGAUGCAUCAGGAUCUCAUAAAUGUUGUUGCACUGGAUGCUGAUUACUCUGAACAGAUGCUCUACUUCUGUGAUGUUACUGCUAAGACAAUCUUCAGAGCACCCAUUGCAGGUGGAGAGAAAGAGGCAAUUAUUAGACAUGAUAGCCUUGGUUUGGAAGGAAUAUCAGUUGACUGGGUGGGUCGAAAAUUAUACUGGCUUGACAGACAUGCCAAACACUUGGAUGUUGCAGAAUUAAAUGGUACCAAUAGGAAGACUCUGUUGACUGGCAUAGCAGAUCCACGUGCUAUUGUUGUCCAUCCUGGUACAGGGUACCUGUACUUCACUUCUUGGCACCUUCAAGCUUAUAUAGGUAAAAUGGGAAUGGAUGGUAGUAAUUUCACAAGGAUCCUCACUUGGGAGGAUGACAUUGCUUGGCCAAACGCUUUAACCAUCGACUACUUCACUGACAGAAUCUUCUGGGCGGAUGCUCACUUGGAUUAUAUAGCAUUUGCUGAUUUGGAGGGUCACAAUAGACGCAAAGUUCUUUCUGGAGCAGCUGUGCCCCACGUUUUUGCCAUCACAGUCUUCGACGAUUACAUCUUUUGGACAGAUUGGAACCUAAAGGCCAUCAGUAGAGCUGAAAAGUUUUCUGGAGCCACUCUGAGAGUGCUCAGGAACACUACACACAGACCAUACGACAUCCACGCGUAUCAUCCUCUCAGACAAUUGCCUUACAACAACCCAUGUAUGGAGAACAAUGGCGGUUGCUCUCAUCUCUGUUUAAUUUCUCCACCAGCUAGUUCUUAUUUAUUAGAAGGUUAUGGUCAACCUGGAGUGACUUCAUACAAAUGCAAAUGUCCCAAUCAGUUCAUAUUGGAGAAGGAUGGAAAGACUUGCAAAGCCAAUUGCACUGCUGGCCAACAUAAUUGUGGUCCUCCUGAUGAAAAAUGUAUACCGUGGUACUGGAAGUGUGACGGUGAAAAGGAUUGCAAAGAUGGCUCAGACGAACCGGCCAGUUGUCCAACAAGAGUUUGCAGGCCCAGUGUCUUCCAGUGUGCCAAUGGUAACUGCAGACCAACUGUGGCUGUUUGUGAUGGCGCUGAUGACUGUGGAGACAAGAGUGAUGAAGCUCACUGUAGCCUAGAAUGUGGUGAAUUGGAAUUUAAGUGUAAAUCCAAUGGACGUUGCAUCCAUGAGUCUUGGAAGUGUGAUGGGGACGCUGAUUGCAAAGAUGGCAGCGAUGAGGAUCCAGUCAUCUGUCAUAAUCGACAAUGCGAUCCAAACACGGAAUUCACCUGCAAAAAUGGCAGAUGCAUCCAGAAAGUGUGGAUGUGCGAUUCAGAUAAUGAUUGUGGCGACGACAGCGAUGAACCAGCGUACAUGUGUCGUCAGAAAAAUUGUACAACAGGUUGGCAGAGGUGUCCAGGUCAUGCCAACUACCGUUGCAUACCAAAAUGGCUAUUUUGUGAUGGCAAAGACGACUGUCGAGACGGCUCUGACGAACUUGCCGAGAACUGUCCCAAAUGUGACCCUGAAAUGGAUUUCAAGUGUGCCAAUAAUAGAUGUGUGCCCAAGCAAUGGCUCUGUGACUUUGCUGACGAUUGUGGGGACGGCAGUGACGAGGCUGAAGCUAUGUGCAAGGAUCGCUAUAGAAAAUGUUCUGAGUCUGAAUUUAGGUGUGGUAAUGGCAAGUGCAUAGCCUCCAGAUGGAGAUGUGACAAUGAGGAUGACUGUGGAGAUAACAGUGACGAAAAUGGCUGUCAAGAGUUUGUCUGCAAGGGUGAUACAUUCCAAUGUACAAGUGGCCAUUGCAUAGCAUCAUAUUUGAAAUGUGAUGGCACAAGGGACUGCAGAGACAUGAGCGACGAGAUUGGAUGUCCACCAAGAUAUCCAGGUGGAAGAUACUGUCCACAAUCAAGAUUUCAGUGUGAUAAUAAUCUCUGCGUCUACCUCAUGGACAUCUGUGAUGGAAGUGACGACUGUGGUGAUGGUUCUGAUGAGAAUCCUAACAUGUGUGCAAAUUUCAAGUGUGACACAAAUAGGAGGUUCCAAUGCGCUAACCAUAAAUGCAUCGCCAAGUAUCAACUGUGUGACGGUAUCGACAACUGUGGAGAUGGGUCUGAUGAAAACAAUAUGACCAUGUGCGCUUCCAAAGUGCGUCAAUGUGACCCCAUAACCGAGUAUACUUGCGCCACCAAGAAGUGUAUCGAUAGAUCUAAGCUCUGCGACUUUGCUGACGACUGUGGAGACUCCUCUGAUGAACUUGGAUGCCAUCACAAUAAACCCUGCUUGGAGAGCAACAAAGGAGGCUGUUCGCACUAUUGCCACAACAUCACCGAUGGUGGCUACAUUUGCGCCUGCUAUCCGGGCUAUAUAAUCGCUCAGGACAACAGAAAGCACUGUGAGGACAUAGAUGAAUGCACCACUGGUCAACAUCAGUGUUCUCAGCUUUGUACCAACUUGAAUGGCACCUAUACUUGUUCGUGUAGACAAGGUUUUGAACUGUCUGAUAACCGUAGUGGCGUCUGCAGAGCCAUAGACAUCGACAUGAUGAUCUUAUUCGCCAAUGGGCCUGGAAUUAGGGCCUACGAUCUCCACGAGAAUGAGGAAUUGGAGGUUAUAGCGAACGAGAAAAGAGUACAGGCUCUAGAUUUCGAUCCCAAGACAGAAUACGUAUUCUGGAUCGAUGGGUAUGACAAUUCCAUCAAGAGGUCAUACAUGGUGAACGCUAAAGGUGGCCAGGUGAAGAUUGGAUACGCUCAGAAUCUCAAUAUAAAAAGUGAGUCAGGGCUCACGAGUUUGGCUGUAGACUGGAUCUCAGGUAAUCUCUACUGGACAGAGAUCGAUUCCUCAGGAGCAACACCGUUUGGACGAGUGAUGGUGUCAAAAGCAGAUGGUAGAUACCGUCGUAGUUUGAUAACAGUGGGGUUGGAGAUCCCAACAGCGAUUGUGGUGGACCCAGAGUUAGGUAAAGCCAUCUGGGCGGAUGCAGGAAGUGAGCCAAAGAUAGAAAUUGCUUGGAUGGAUGGCGACAGGAGGAAACAACUGGUCUCUGACCGAAUAGGGCAGCCCAUAGCUCUCACUAUUGACUAUUCCAUGCAGCAUGUGCUUUACUGGGCUGACAGCAAGCUGAACACUAUAGAAUCUGUUGAACAGGAUGGAUCAAAUAGAAAAGUAAUCCUCAAAGGAGAGAGCCUAAAGCAUCCAGUUUCUUUGGACAUCUUCGAGAGCAGCUUAUAUUGGGUGACUAGAAGGAGUGGGGAAUUAAUUAAGCAGGAUAAAUUCGGUAGAGGUGUGCCAGAAAUCAUUGUCAAGCAUAUACCACACUCAGGAGGUAUCAAAGUGUACCAUCAACAAAGAUACAACAUUUCUUUGAGGAACCUUUGUCAUGAAGACCAGUGCACCCACUUGUGUGUACCAAUCCCUGGUGGAAAUAGAUGUCUGUGCUCGGAUAGUAUAGGUCCGCUUCAACAGAGGGAAACUAUACGGUCCAAUGAACGCCAUUGCGACGCUACAAACGAGAGACCACUUCCUGCACCCAGGAUCUGCCCCUGCAGGAAUGGUGGACUAUGUCAGGAAGCCGAGGAUAGUAAGUUGCAAUGCGACUGUCCCGUUCCCUUCCAUGGAGAGUUCUGUGAGGUUAUGGUGGGUGUCAGGUCUAGUAACGCCACUGCUGCUAUAGUGAUCCCCAUUGUUAUCUCUGUCCUGGUCCUCCUUGGAGCUGCUGCUGUCAUUAUGGUGCUCAAAAAACGACCAUUUGGAAAACCUGGAGGCCUUGGCAGUUUGACUGGUGCUCAGAGCGUAUCCUUUAGACAAGGGAGCAAUGUAGAGUUUGGUGUACCUGCUCAUGAAAGAAUGGAACCAUUAGACGUGGAGUACAAUCUUGGUGACGUGAGCAACAAGAAUAGGGACUUCAGUAACCCCAUGUACGACGCGGUGAACACAGAAACUGGUGCCACAAACGGCACUGGCGCUAGCAGCAUGUAUGAAUUGCCGGCUGAGAUGAAACCAUCCAGCAUCCAGCAUAAGGAACCACCGCAGUUGCACCUGAAGAGAAGAGAACUCGAUCCGACGCCUAUUGAUUCGGGGAAGGACACGCAGCAGUUGGUCGAGGAGGACAAGUCCGAGUGCUAGAUAGUUUAACUCUUUCGUGCAGUGACGUAGUUAGAAGUUUUUAGGUUAUUUGGAGGAAGAAAAGUG